AGACGCUUGCAUGGUCGCUAACAGGAAGGAGAAACAGCUACAUCCGAUUGGAGCGUAAAUGUGUCUCCACGUGAAUUAUCAACGUGUACAAAACGGAUUCCGAUGAGGACGUAGUGUUUGUUUCUGAAAGGUCUGCGGCUAAACACGUAGAGAUUACAGUCGACCGGGCGAAGCUGCUGGCUCUGCAGAGAGACAUCGAUGAGCAGUCCCAGCCCACACAGCCCGCCAAACCGUUGACAAGCCAGAGGAUCUGUGUUAAGAGACCAGCUGAAACAAAGAUGGAGGAGGAGACCAGUGAGGAGAACAUAAUGAAGAGGGUGAAAAAACUCAAGAAAGGAAAAAUGUUUUCACCUGAAAUCCAAAACUGUGAUGCUGAGAACAGGAGCCAAGGCCAGACAAAAAAAGAAAAGAAAUGGAAAAAAGUGGGAAAAGAAGAGGAGGAUGAAACUGGUCAGAAAGAGGACAAGAAAAAGACAAACAAGAAGAAACGUGAUAGUAUUGCUAUAACUGAUGUUAUAAUUGUAGAGGAUGAUAAGAAGAAGAAAAAGAAGAAGCUGUUAGAAGAUGAUGUGAAUCAAGUAAAAACAGAUACUAUAAGGAAAGAAAAACUAGAAAAGAUGAAAAGGAAAGAGGAGAAUUUAAAGGAUAAGUCUGUACAAGUCAAACCUGAAAAUAUGAAGAAAGAAGAAGGCGAACAUAUUCAGAUUGGAAAUGAUGAUUCUCCAAAGAAACCCAAGAAGGAAAAAGGCAAAAUGUUAGUUUCAAGCACAGCGGAGACUGAAGAGGUAGUUGGAGAAAAGAAAAGAAAGAAAAAUAAAUCUCUUGUUAUUAAUGAUGGAGUUGGUGAAACAAAGGCAAAAACGAAAGCAAAUGUGGAGGAAAAUGGGAUGAAUGUAGAAAAAGCAGAGACUGAGGUCAAAUUAAAAAGGAAGAAAAAGAAGGAGAGUAAAACUGAGGGAUUUGGAAAUGAGCUUGAACAUACUGAAAUUCACAGAAAAAAGAAAAGAUCGAUGGAGGAUGAGAAAAUUCUCAAAAAGAAAAAAGACAAAUUAAUAAACAAAGAGACUGUAACAGAGGAGGAGAAACCUGAGGUAAAGAUCAAAAAGAAAAAAAAGAGUAAAAAAGCAGAAGAGGACGAUGGGAAAGUAGAACCAGAGGAGACAGAGCCAAAGAAGAAGAAAGUAAAAGUAGAGGAGGACGAGUGGAGCUGUGAGCGUAACAUAACUUGGGCUCCUGAGUCACAGAGCAAAAGGACCAAAAACUCAGUUAAAGAAGAUCAGGUCAUCAACACUGAGGCCAAAGAUGGAGGGAGAAAGAAGAAAAAGGUCAAAGAAGAGCAGAAAGACCCACAGGAGUUUCCCCAAAUGGAUGUGACCUUCCUAUCAGCAAAGUCUGGAAACACAGAUGAGGUCUCCAUUAAUCCAGAGAGAAGAAAGGCUCUUCAGAUGGAGAUCGACAAGGCUUCCCAACCAGAUAAACCUACAGUUUUGGGCCAGUGGAGCACAGCUCAGUUCGACAGCUCCCAGCAGCAGCAGAAGUUCUUGCGGCUGAUGGGCGGCUUUAAAAAGGGCUUCCAACCUGCUGGGACGAACGCUGGGGGAGCCAACAUGGCGCUGGGAAAGGAAGCGCAGCAGCAGCUGCAGCAAGGGCUUCUGGGAGACUUUGAGCGAGCCCACACACGGAGAAUGGACUUCAAUAACAGGGGGGCGGGGCUUGGGUUUACAGCAGCAUCCAAUAAGAAGUUCACCAUCGAUGUCAAUGCAUCUCGGUCCGUCCGCUUUGAUGACUAAUUAGGGAGGUUUUUGUGCUUCUAGUGUUUUAACUGUGAUCAUUGACUCAUCUCUGGAGGACGUAGCUUAUAAUUCACCUAAAUAUACAGGGGUUGGACAAUGAAACUGAAACACCUGUCAUUUUAGUGUGGGAGGUUUCAUGGCUAAAUUGGACCAGCCUGGUAGCCAGUCUUCAUUGAUUGCACAUUGCACCAGUAAGAGCA